ACCUGAUGAUGCUGCUACCGUCGGCAUUCCUGCUGGUCACGGCGUGUCUGGUCGACGAAUCGCCGCAUUGGCUGCUCGUCAGCCUGCGCUUUGAAGACGCCGAGCGCGUGGCGCUGUACGCGGCCCGAUUCAACGACGAGGACACGGACCGCGUGCGCAGGCGCAUCGACGCCAUCCGGCGCGCAGCCAAGCUCAAGCACCCACGUGGCCGAGCCGCAUGGCUGUUGGAGUCUGCCAAGCGCUCGCUGGCUGCUACGUUUAUGUGCGGUGGUUUUGCACGCCGAAGUUUGGUGCUAAGCGUAGCCUGGUUCACAUUGUACCUGAUCUAUUACGGCGGAUUGGCAACCGAUCACAAGUCAUUGAGCCACGGCUACGAGAUUUCCAAAUGGGUCGUGGUGACCGGAAAUGCGCCAGCAAUGGCGGUCGCCUACUUCCUGGUCAAACACCACGACCGCCUGGCCUCUGCCGUCAUGGUGAUGUCCACGGUGGCAAUAGCACUAGCGGUCCAGUCUGCACUGGUGGCGUUUGACCUGUCGCUGCCGCUAGCUGUACUCAUCAUGUGGAUGAAGCUGCUGCUGAACAUCACCUACGUCUUGCUAUGCGUGCACACGGUCGAGAUCUUCCCGACAGAAGUGCGGAACAUGAAUCGGAUUUUGUUCUUGUUAACUCUUUAGAUCUGUUUGAAUCAUGGCUCGGGGCUUACUUCGAAAAAGAAUAACCCCUUCUCAUUCUGUGGCCUACUACUUUAGAUAUUUGUAUCUUUAAGGAAAGGGAAUGAAUAACGUAUGCUGGUAUUGCUGCGUAGUGAACCCAAAGAAAGUUUACCGCGUACUAGUACUUCAUGACUAACUUUAACUGUAGCGGCAACUCUAAACUAUAGUGCCCGAAGUGUUCUCCUCGGAGAAAAGCAAAGAUAUUUUUGCGACUCAAUCCCGAUUCUUGUAUCAAAGUUGAUGUUUCACUAGUUAUGUUAAAAACCCAGUGUAUAGUAGUGCUCACUUCUUUCAUGCGCGGGAAUACAGUGGUCCUGUACGUUUUCGGUACAUAUAGCAAUAUUCUUUUAUGAAAUAUACUGCAAUAAAUAUUAAUGAAACA